CAUAGAGCUCGAGUCUGCUUAAAAAACAACAACAUUUCACCCUCUUUUCCUCCUGGCCAAAAUGCCUGAGCGCGUUUGCCGUCAUGUAGUGAAACGUUGACAAGCGGAGGAUUUAUUUCGGAGGAAUGAAAGCUUGAAGGGCACCGAAGGAGGACAACAUGGCUCUGCGGGAGGAAGGAGAGGUUUUGCACAGCAAAAUCCGACAGCACGGUGGUGUUGUUGGCAAUGCAAACAGCGCGGAGAGCUUCAGGAACGGCUAUGUGAAGAGCUGCGUCACUCCAUUAAAACAAGACCAUCAAAGGGGCUUUUUAUUCACCGUCUGUAGGAUUUGCAAUGAGGACAUCCUCAGCUCCAAACUACUCCGAGGCUCGGCUCUCUACGUGGGAGCGCUGGCAGUCUUGGCGCUCUCCUUUUUAAUUUCUAAGAGCUUUCAAAGUGAACACGGCAUUUCGGAGCUGCGGACUUUUUUGUUUGAUUUCUCCCAGUCCAUCAGUCCAUUAUUCAGCAUAGGCUGUGCGUAUUUCUUCCUGACCCUCUAUCUGAGGAGGAAAAAGAGGGAAAGCAGCAGAUGUUGGCUUUUGUCUUUACCAGCAUCAUGCUACUUGGGGGAUUACAUGGUUUUGCGCUUUUUGCAAUGGGGAGAGGAGCACCAGCAGAUGCAGAUGAUGGGCAGGUUACUGUUUGUGCUGGGCUGUGUGGGUCUGCUCACUCUCAUCCCCACUCUCAAACUCAAACACAGCGUGCUGAUCCUGGUGUUCGCAAGCCUGGUGUGGCUGCUGUCCUUCACCAGCCUCAGCUGUCUGUCUCCAUCUCUCAGGCCGGUGCUGGCGUGCAUGGCCGGGGUCUCCGGCUCUCUCCUGGCGCUCUGUUUUGAUAACGGUUGCCCACUUAGGGAGACGGCCAACAGAACUCCCAAUGCGGAGGACAAAGUUCCCGUCAUUAGACCCAGGAGAAGGUCCAGCUGUGUUUCUUUGGGAGAAACGUCAUGCAGCUAUUAUGGCAGUUGUAAGAUGCCCCGCAGACCUUCUCUGCCCUGUAUUUCCAGAGAACAGAUGAUCCUGUGGGACUGGGAUCUGAAACAAUGGUACAAGCCACAAUAUCAGGGUGCAGUGAGUGGGAAUGGUGUGGAUCUCUCUGUGAUAAAUGAGGCCAGGAAUCUGGUGUCAGACCUGCUGCUGGACCCCUCUCUCUCGCCCCAUGUUCUCUCUUCACUGCGCAGCGUCAGCAGUCUCAUGGGAGCUUUCUCUGGGUCCUGUCGGCCCCGGGUCAACCCCUUCACCCCCUUCCCUGGCUUUUACCCCUGUGCUGAGAUAGAAGACCCCUCAGAGAGAGGAGACAGAAAGCCACUUAAGGGUCUGAGCAGCAGGAACAGUCUACCCACACCUCAGUUGAGGCGCAGUUCAGCCUCUUCCUCUCUGCCUCCCCUGGAGUCUGCCGCCUCACGCUGGGAACGCACCAAUGGAAAGAGAUCUCAUUCUGAGCUCAGCAGCCAAAGUUGCGUGUCUAAUGGGCCCAACAGCAACCUGCUCACCAUCCCUAAACCAAGAUCCUCCUCCGUUACCCUCAACUACGGCCACACUGUCCCCAGAAGACCAGGUGCAUCUCCUAGCCUGAGUCCGGUCAGCUCACCGAGUCACAGCCUCCCUGUUGUUCCCGGCUCCUCUAUGGUCACGCGCUCUCCUGUGGAGUUUCCAGACACGGCUGAUUUCCUCACCAAGCCCAGCGUCAACCUGCACAAACCUCUGGGCUUCACACUGAGCUCACCUGAUUUCCAGCAGCAGUAUCGUGGCCCUGCUUCGGUCCCUUUGUGCACCAGUUGUGGCCGGCAGAUGCUGAAGAGUGUCUCCAGUGUGGAAGUGGGUGAGGGCAAUCACCCAGCAUCCAGUGAAAUGCAACGAAUGCGCUCAGCUGAAGGUGUGGAGUAUAGAGGGGAAAACCUGAUUCGAGAGGAGAGCAUGGAGGCUGAGUCUCUGGAGGAGAAAACUCCAGACACAGCAGGGAUAAAACUGAAAAGCCAGACCGAAGAAGAGGAACAGACUUUAAGUACCAAGCAGUCCUCACCAGAUCCUGAGGGAGAGGAAGCGUUCACGUUGGAUCCCAUGCUGGUAGAGCAUGAAUCACUCAUGGAGAAGAUCAACACCUGGAACUUCCAGAUCUUUGAGUUGAUGGACAUGACGGGAGGGAAGACUGGCAGGAUUCUCAGCUAUGUGGCAUACACUUUGUUCCAGGACACGGGUCUGUUCGAGAUCUUCAAAAUCCCUGUCCGGGAAUUCAUGAUGUACUUUUGUGCUCUGGAGAAUGGCUAUCGUGAUAUCCCCUAUCACAACCGUGUCCAUGCCACUGACGUCCUACAUGCAGUGUGGUAUCUCACCACCCAGCCAAUCCCAGGCUUUCAGCAAAUCCAUAAUGAGCAUGUCACAGGAAGUGAUACAGAUUCGGACAGUGAAAUCUCCCCAGGCAGGGUGGCAUAUGCCACGUCCAAAAGUUCCUCUUUCUCAGAUGAUAGUUACGGCUGUCUGGCCUGGAAUUUGCCUGCACUGGAACUCAUGGCACUAUAUGUAGCAGCUGCUAUGCAUGACUAUGAUCAUCCUGGUCGCACAAAUGCCUUUCUUGUAGCCACUAACGCUCCUCAGGCCGUGUUGUAUAACGACCGCUCAGUUUUGGAGAACCAUCACGCAGCAUCUGCCUGGAGCCUUUUUCUUUCCCAGACAGAGUUCAACUUCCUUGGCAACUUGGAACAUGUUGAGUUUAAGCGCUUUCGAUUCCUUGUGAUCGAGGCCAUCCUCGCCACAGACCUGAAGAAGCACUUUGACUUCCUUGCUGAGUUUAAUUCCAAGGUUAAUGAUGUGAAUAGUCCAGGCAUUGACUGGACUAAUGAAAAUGACAGGUUAUUAGUGUGCCAAGUGUGCAUUAAGCUGGCAGAUAUUAAUGGGCCAGCUAAAGACCGCAGACUUCACCUCAAAUGGACAGAGGGUAUCGUCAAUGAGUUUUAUGAGCAGGGUGAUGAGGAGGCCUCACUAGGUUUACCCAUUAGCCCAUUUAUGGACCGCUCAGCACCACAGUUAGCAAAGCUACAGGAGUCUUUUAUUACGCACAUCGUUGGGCCUCUUUGUAACUCUUAUGAUGCUGCCGGUCUGCUGCCAGGAUACUGGAUUGACGAGGAAGGCUCCGACGAUGAGGAGGAAACGGAAGACAUUGAAACAGAAGAUGAAGAGCUGGACGAGGAUCUUGAACCAAAAAGGAGGAAGGGUCGACGCCGAUUGUUCUGCAAAAUUAUGCAGCACUUAACAGAGAACCACAAGGUGUGGAAGAAGACCAUUGAGGAAGAAGAGAAGAACAAAGAGCUGGAGACUCAGCAGAUGCAGCAAGCCGAGAGCCUCAGCCUUCCUCCAUCCAACUCCUCCUCUGAUGACAUCCAGGUCAUUCAAGAGGAGGCCGAGGAAGAGGAGCGGCAGUAGCAGGAGUAAGGUCAAGAAUUGAAGCUCAGAGAGGGGCUUGAACAGAGUUGAACGACCCCUCCCUCUCCUUCACCUAAACACACGCGCACAAACAUUGACACCCAGAGGAAGACCGUGCUGGAUCUCCCCACGCUGAAAUUAGUCACUGUGCCGACACUCUGAAGCAAAUGCAGUUCACAUUGUGUUGAAAAAAUGGCCUUACUACUGUGAGAGGACCCUCAGUGGGAGCCCUAAUCCUAUGCACUUUCACCCCAUGGAGAAUCAGCGGAGGCUGAACACAGCUUUGAAGAUGCAAAAUUGUGUCGUGGAAAAUUAGAAAAAGAAGAAAACAGGCAGGGAAGGAUGUGGUAAAGAAUCGUGCCACCCAUGGUUACCUGGCUGUGAUGCUGCCUUGAACGUAAUGCUCUUAAUUCUCCCAUAGGUACUUAUUAAGUCAAAUAGGACACACAAAUGACUAGAAAAUAAUGAAGACAGUGACACAAUUGACACCCGUUACCAAAGUGAACAGUUCAAAAACAUAGAAAGACUGCGACUGAGGCCAUUUCAGGCUCAGUGUCAGGAAGCAUAACUCAAAAUGUGCCUGUCUGAACUUUUGUGAUAUAUAUAUAUAUAUAUAUAUAUAUAUAUAUAUAUAUAUAUAUAUAUAUAUAUAUAUAUAUAUAUAUAUAAUUGUUUGUUUUUAUUUUUCUUGUGGUCCAGACAAUGGACUAUGUGCGCUGCACUGAACGUGCAGUCCCCAAUUCAUGCUGGCGACAUCAAACACUGUAUUACUGAACAGAGUCACAAGGGCAAGUGGAAAUGCUGACAUUUUUUGACUGAAAAAUGACCUGACUUCUGCAUCGUUUUGGAUGCUUUUUAUUCAUGUGCAUCACCUUUCUGCAUUUUUUGUUUGCCUUUGUUGUUUGUACGGUAGAUUUAUUUAUUUUUUUUUCGUUCCUCUUCCGGAAUGCGGAGUUGCCAAUCGUUGAGUUUUCUCUGUAUAGACCAUCUUUGUUCUAAAGCAUUGAAAAUGGGACAGGGAAGCUGUUCCAAUGAAGGGAUGUUUCUCUUUUUUACGUUUGAAUAGAUAUAUAUUUUUCCACAGUUACUCAGGAUUCAUGUGAAGGAUCGUUCCUUGUUUUGUGGGGGGAAAAAUAUCAUUCUGCAAUUCCGAAAUAACUUGCACGUCGAAAAGUUCUUUUCAGAGGUGGAGAAAAAAAGUUUCUAUUUUUUGUAUGAACAACUUGAAAGUCAUUAACAAAAAGAGAUGCAAAAAGUGCAGAGUCCUGGAUUUUACCCCAGUCCUUAUCAGCUGCUCCAGACCAGUAUAGCCAUGUUUAUUUUUGCAGGACCCCAUUAAAAGCAUUGGGAUCCAGGAAUGUUAGGUGAAAAUGAAAUGUUUGUUUGAUUUAGCAUGCACGUCAUAGACUAAACAUUGCUUUGGGGGUUACUUUAUGUUUGGCAUUAUACAAACAUACAAACACAUGCUUUUACUUAAACUAAUUAUUGCCAAAUGCAUAUUCUGGCCAGUGCAUAAAUUUCUAGUAAUCCAGGGUUUUCACAUUGGAAGAUGUACACGUUUUCAUUCUUUCUUUUUUUAAUGUACAUUUACGUAUUCUCCACAAUAAGGCAGGUUUAAUAACAAUAGUUUUAUAUUUUUUUUUUCAUCUGAAGCAAGAACUUUAGGCAUUCCACUAGAAUAAUGAGGGAUGUCUGGGGUGGUGGAGACUGACUCGCUCUCGGUCUCUUCCUCUCUGCCUCACCUUGCCGAAACUCUUUUGGUCUCUGUAGAGGAAAGUUCUCAAGUAGGCAGUGUAAAUCAAGCUUUUUUAUUUAGGAGGAUAAAACCUGAUAUAAAUGUGCACAUUUUACUACCAAACAAGUGUUUAACCUCUGCACAGAAAGAAUACUUACAUAUAUAUAUUUUAAUUAAUUAAUACAUUGUUUUCUUCAUACAGCUGACAUAUAUUGUACAUUGAGAACAUGUUAUUAUCAUCUUGUUUCAGGAGUUUUAAAAAAAUCUAAUGCUAUUUACAGAUGUGGAUGUGUUUGUGUGUUGAGUUUUUCAGUUUUAUUUUUUUUAUUUAUUUAUUUUUCCUCAUUUUUGGUGCACUGUCUUUGUGUUCAUGCUCAUAACCACUCUGCUGAAAAGCCCCCUUAAUUCUAAAGCUCGCCAGUUGUGAGUCACGAUCUCAUGACAGUGCUGCCGGAUGCUGCCCUCUCUCUCUCUCCUGUUUGUGGGUGUGUUCAUCAUUGGCCUGUGCUCAGGGUGUUUUCUGUAAUGGGGGCUUGUGUGCACCCAAAGCAGCUUGUGGUGCUCUCUCUCUUUCUCUCUCCAGACUGUGUGUUCAUCUUUUCUUGGAUCUGGGACCCCAGCAUGCUUCGUUCACCCUCUCCCCCACCUCCCUUCACCGAGCUAACCUCAGCUGGCCCCAAACUCGCACUCAGAACAUCAUUCAGGUUGUCAAGAAGGGAAACUUUGGAUCUGAGCGUCACAGCGCCUCCACCCCCUCGUGUAGCUCCUUUGCUCAAUCUUCGAAGUGGACUGUGGUAUCUCACUGUGGGGGGUUAGCCUCACCACAGUGACCUCCGAUGUUCUUGUCAUCAGUACCUUUAUGAUGGCAUUCACUUUUUUAUGUAGCAUUUAGAUAGCAAUGUCUGAUGUAACCAUCCAGCCUUUUCAGGGUUGUGGGGAGAAUUUACUUUUUUGUUAUUAUUUAUAGCUGUCAUAAAAGCACCAUCCCUGAAGAAUA